AUGAUGUCAUCAUCGACAAAGCCAGUAGAACACACCAAGGAAGAAUUACAAGCAGAAAUAACAAGUGAUAUAAACGGAAGUGAUUUAAUCAUUAAUGAUCGAUAUAUUAUUACAGCAGCUCAUAUCUUUAACCCAUUAAUAGAAAAAGAAGAUGUACUUGUGCCAUAUAAAUAUAUUGAAUUUACGUCGUUAUCAUAUGCAUCUGAUCAAUUAUUCAACACAGAUAAUACAAAUAUAUUUGAAGCUGAAAUAAUCAUUCGUGGUAUUAAUGGCAUUGGAUUACAACCACACGAAAUUUGUUCGAAUUAUGAUGAUGAUGUUGCAAUUUUGAGUAUUUGCAGAUAUGAACAAAUAAAAGAUGUAUUAAUGUCCAAAAACAAAAAAGAUUUUUGUCCAAUACCAUUAUCGGACAGAGCCGAACUUGAACCGAAUUCAUCAUUAUUUUUGCUGGCAUAUUGUUCAACAAUCCGAACAAAAAACGAUGUAGAAUUUUAUCAAGAACGUCCUGGUUAUUCAUUAUAUACACGAGAACAUUUGAAUUCUGCCAUGCAUCUCAACCAUCGAACAGUGUCGAUAGGAAAAUGCAUAGCAAAUGACGACAUACAUAUCGUUCAUGAUUGUCCUUCGUUAUGUGGUGCUAGUGGUGGUUGCAUAUUUGAUGCCAAUGGACGAUUCGUUGGUGUGCAUACUGGUGUUUGUGAUGGUGAUGUGCAUUACAAUGUUAAUGGUAAAAGACGAUUACGACCGUAUGCACUGAAUCAAGCAUUAGCAAUAUAUUCGGAUCGAAUUAUACAUCAUCUAGCAACUGUCAUACCAACGUGGAAAUAG